CGCCACCAUCUGGAGCGGUGCUCUCACCAUCCGACAGUCGACCACUGCUGCUCAUCAAUCCGAUUCACCCUUUAUACCGCAAUAAACCUGAUUCCCUAUUACUCGUUUGUUUUCCUAAUAAAUAAUCAUUCCUUACUGUGUGCUGUUACGGCAAGUGAGGGCCCAACACUUACUGGUAGCAGCGAGUGGAGCAGCAAGUCUGACAAGAGGCACGAUCGGGAUAGAAGCAAAAUUGUUCUCAUUCUCCAAUACCUUCCCGCAGUGGACAAUGGCAAGACUCCAACAGACAGAACCUCUGGUUUUUGCUACAACUGCAAAGGAAUAGGACACAUGAAGCAAUGUCCGUCAGCGGAACGCAGGAAUACAGGACAUCAUCGUGACAACGACGACAUGGUAGACUUUCCGUAUUGUCUGACAGGGACACCCGAAGAAGGGACGUUUUCAACCUCCACGCCAAUCGCUAUACAACCGCACAACAUUGCGUCCAAACAGAUAACAGACAUUUUUGUUCUGACUUUUUUCUCUUUAGAAACG